AUGGACGCUCCAGUAGGGCCCAAGUUACUCCAGCAAGCAGAGAAGAUUCUCCUGCAUCCUAUCCACCCGCAAUUAAUUUCGUAUUGCCCGACUAUGGAUCUCAUCGCCCUCGUGACCGAUGAAGAGAAUUUGGACGUGUAUCGAGUGAACGGGCAAAAGGCGUUCGGAGUGAAGCGAAAGAGCGACGAUAUCACCGUCGAGACGCUGAAGUGGCAAUGGAACGGCGCAGGGUUGGCAGUUGCGUGGAGCGACGGAUGUGUGGAUGUCUUGGGGGUGGAGACAGGGAAGGUGGUACAUGGGAAUGUCAAGCUGCCUGCAACCAAAGGUGGAGAACAGAGCCGAGUCAGCUUCAUCGGCUGGGGAAUCAACUUCAUCGAUGCCAACAGGGUCAAGAGGAGGACCGGGGAGUCCAAGAAUGGCAAAGGCCAAACCAAAAAGGAUGCCAUCGAUCUCGGUGUCCCGACGACCGAACACUGGGAUGCAUUCAAAGAUGACACGAAUCUCGAGGACUUUGUGCAGCGCCAACCGGAUUUCGCAAGCCUGGAUAUCGCGCCAGAUCUUCCUGAUCAAUUCGCCAUGAUAGAUACCGAGACAUUGCUCCCAAAACUCCCCGUCAUACCGCUGCCACCUGCGAAUCCGAUGAUGCGUUUUAUGCGUCAACCGGUGGAUGCAGGUGCCUUCAGCUCGCAAGCUGAAGUCGACGGCUUGUUGCACUCGCAGCAUCUAAGAGAUCACAAUAGUGUGGAUAUGUUCCUUAGAUGCACGGAGGAGGGUAGUGUGCAUCCGAGCAUCUACGAUUCGAUGGAGGCGGUUGAUGUCAGGCUCCCAACAGCUUGGGGUGUGCAAAGUAAAGUGGUGAUGAGCGCGAGCCAUCCGUAUGCUUGCACGUACUCGCUGCUCAUGGAAAUCAGGUCACCAACAAACACCCAGAAGAAGCUCGCAUGGGUCCCACUAACGCUCGGGUUCAUUCCCUCGGCGGGAAUCUACCUCCACCUCAUCGCGGCUAAAACUGCGCAGCUUCAGAAUCUCCUCUCUUACCUCUCGCAUACACUGAGUCGUAUCCACACAUACUUCAAACAAACCCAGGAUCUACCUGGAAAAUUCAUGAACAACAUCAGUGAGACGCUGGAAGAACACAGAGAAGGAACUUUGAUACAGAACUUGUAUCAUCUCGCCUGCACCGGACACUGUCCUCGUCUCAUCCACGAAUGGCUGGUCGACGAGCUCGCUGAGCAAGGCCAUAAACGCUGGGACAAUGCUGUGACAUCCGGUCUUGCCACUGUCAUCCAACUUCUACACGAGAAUUUCCUUCCAGCUCUGGACCGCUGCUCGAUCAUCAUAUCGCGUUUAAAGGGUCUUGCCGAGUUUCAUGAUCGAGACUGGAUCUUUAGCGGACCGAUUACAGCCUUCACCGCGCUCGUCGAUGUAUUGGGAACGCUGAGGCUCCUAGCGAACACGACGUUGCUGUAUGCCGCUGACGAGAAGCGGCACUUUACCAGCUUCAGCAAAUGGCUGAGAUAUAGCAUCGACUUCGAAGCCACAGAGCCAGGGAGCCACUCACGCACAGAGAUGGAAUUGCAGCCUCCUGGUGUCGACAUCGGCAUCGUGCUCGAAUAUAUCCAAUACGGAAUGUCGAACUCUGAUCUGAAACCUUACCUCACAGGUUCCAAGGAGAUUCCUGGAGAGGCAAGCGGCUACGAAGAUGCACUCAAGGCGAUUGAGCUUCUACGACGGGGCGGUAAGUACAAAGCGGAAGCGCUGUGCUUGGAGAAAGUACUCUUGCAGUUUGGCGACGGCGUGCGAGGUCUGCUAAAGCAAGUGAGUUACUGGCAGGAGAACAACAUCAGCAUGGACAGUGGGAUCGUGCUGGAGCAGAGUGAUAUUGGCGCGCCGCUGGACAUGCGCGUGGUAUCGGAGGUACGCUAUCCCACUCCACAUCCAAGUUUCAAUAAUUCGUUGACCAACACACAGCCAAACACGGACACACUAUCCACAUACAUCGCCGUCCCCACUGCCACUAUUCCAACCACAUCCCUCAGUCUCUACCGCCUUAUUCACGAACCCCGAAUAUCCACCCUCCCAUCCUCCCUCCGCGCCGCCUCCGUAACAACUCUCAAAGUCGAAGCAUACCUCAUUCUUGACGCAAAAUUCGCAGAUGAUGCGAGCCUCCUGCUCCUCCUGCAAUCCAUAGGUAGCCCCAAGACAUGCUCCAUAGUGUCUUUCGCAUAUGGACCGUUCGGUGACGAAGCUUCCGCCAAAGGCGAUCAGAACAUCGCAUACACAGCCCUUGACACGAAAACAAUACAAUCCACACUGCUACCCGGUGGUCGCGCUCUCCCCGCUUCUGCGCGCCAGACCGUUGACCUCACGGCGGAGAUGAUUUUGAAGCAUACACGGCAUGUGUUUGAACGCAGAUUUACGCCCCUGAGGUUGAUCGUCAAUGGGAGGAAGGGAAGGAGGGUGGUGGUUGUGUUGGGGAGCGAUAGGAAGCAUUAUCGGGUCUUGGAUUUGGAUUUUAAUGAGAAAAGAGGAGUGGAACGAGAAGAGGAAGUAAGUAGUGGGGAGGAUAGUGAUGUUGAGAUGGCUGGAACCUAG